CUUCUCUGUUGGCUGUCAACUCGUCAUUCUUCAACGGAGCUCUGUGAGCUCGUCAUGCUUUGUUGGAGCUUUUUCAGCUCGUCAUGCUGCGUUGGAGCUCUGCCAGCUCGUCAUUCUCUGUUGGAGCUCUGUCAGCUCGUCAUUCUUCAACGGAGCUCUGUGAGCUCGUCAUGCUUUGUUGGAGCUUUUUCAGCUCGUCAUGCUGUGUUGGAGCUCUGCCAGCUCGUCAUGCUUUGUUGGAGCUCUGCCAGCUCGUCAUGCUUUGUUGGAGCUCUGUCAGCUCGUCAUGCUUUGUUGGAGCUCUGUCAGCUCGUCAUUCUCUAUUGGAGCUCUUUCAGCUCGGAGAACACUGAUGUAAGAGCUCACCAAAUGGAGAUUUGGAUCUUGCUUAGCCCUGCUCAUCUGUUGACGAGGUCUUGGGGCAAGCUCAAGGAGAACACUGAUGUAAGAGCUCACCAAAUGAAGAUUUGGAUCUUGCUCAGCCCUGCUCAUCUGUUGACGAGGUCUUGGGGCAAGCUCAAGGAGAACACUGAUGUAAGAGCUCACCAAAUGGAGAUUUGGAUCUUGCUCGGCCCUGCUCAUCUGUUGACGAGGUCUUGGGGCAAGCUCAAGUUAUUCACGCCCUUGUUUUUCAAACUUUGAUGUAGAAUGUAGAAUGUAGAACUCCCUUUAUUUCUCCCCCUCCUUGUCUGAAUUUAUUCAGAGGAGCUUCUAACUUUUUGAUAUUGUAUAGGGAGCUUCAUAUAUGUUGAUUAGGCCAACCUAAUUAACCUGUUCCCUGCAC